GGGAAACGUAAACAAAUGGAGCACGAGGUGGCUGCUUCUGGAGGGGAUUCCUCGCCGGAGGAGAUCAUUUCCAGUUCGGAACUCAAGCCCUCCAACAACACGGCCAUCAAGUGCCUCAAGUGCGACAAGGUUUAUAUAUUUCCGACCGACAAAGACGACUGCCUGGCGCAUCUGUAUCUGGAGCACCGACUGGUCAUCGCCGAUGUGGAGGACAUUGCGCUUCUGGAGGACUACCUCCAGUACUGGGAGAAGGAGUUUCAGACUCACGAAUUCGAGCAAUAUUGCACAACAAUGUUCUUGGAUCAGCUGCCCGAUGGCAAGUACUCCAAAAACGAGAAGUACUACCUGCUUUGUGAUAUCCUGCCCCAGGACUACGAGCUGCGACGAAGGUUAAAAGAAAAGCGCCUAAGUGAAGCUCUGGAGCGACAUCAGUUCGAGCUAACCGACCGCAAUUUCUCCAAGGAGUGCCUUUUCUGCAGGACUAUAAUCAAGGGAUUGAGGGCGGACUACUUGGACCACCUGUUUGACAAGCACUUUCUGUUGGUGGGCAAGCCCGAGAAGCUUGUGUACGUGGACGAGCUGCUGGAUCACCUGGAGGAGAACCUGAACCGGUUAAUGUGCCUCUACUGCGAGAAGAUCUUCAGGGAUCGGCCUACGCUCAAGGAACACAUGCGCAAGAAGGGCCACAAGCGGAUCAAUCCGAACAGAAGGGAGUACGACAAGUACUUUCUUAUCAACUACAAUCGCGGACCUACUACAGCGCCAACGCCCCGGAAACAGCACCAACAAAAACGAAGACGGGAAACCGCAUCCGUAUCCACAAUCGCUGAUCCUGAAACUGGCAGCGUGGACUUCGACAAGCACUUUGCCCGCCCGGAUUCGGAUGCCGAACACGAUUCCGACUGGUCGGAUUGGGCGGCAGAUGGUGAGCCGAGCUCCAUUAAGUGCCUGUAUUGCCACCAUCUCGGCGACAACUUCACCGUUCUCAAGGAACACAUGCACGAUGUCCAUCGCUUGGAUUUCGAAAAGGCCACCAGCUCUCUCAACUUCUAUCAACGCGUCAAGGUGGUGAACUAUCUGCGCCGACAAAUGUGCCUGCUGCGCUGCGUGACCUGUGACCUGCAUUUCGACGAGGAGGAGUUGCUUGUGGAGCACAUGGCACAAGAGUCGCACUACGGGAUCAGCGAAAAGGAGAGCUGGGACAAGCCAGAGUUCUUCUUCCCGUACAUCGAGAACGAUGGUCUGUUGUGCGUGCUGGAUGAUUCUGGAGGAGAUGACCCAGAGGUCGAUACGGUGCGAAUUAUCUCGGAGGACAGUCUGGCGCAGAUAAACAAGGAUGCGGAGCGGCUGUCCCUCGAGAAUUUUAAGCUGUAAUUUGUUAGAUCAGAAACUGAGAUUUUUGUAUUGUAAAGUUCACGUUUAUAAGAAACUAAGUAAAUAGUAAUGGAAUUA